AUGGAGGGAAUGUGCUUCCCUUUUCUGUAUUCGAAGUCCUACUGGCGGGAAUAUUUAUGUGUGCUCUGCGUAUCUGGAGGCUGUCGUAGCGAUUCGCGGCUCUAUGAGUUGCGACACGCUACGUUGCGCACUUCGUCCCUCGUCCUCCGUACCUUAGUCCGUCGUCGUAGCGUUCCUUCAUGUCUUCUGAAACGAUGUACCGCUACGAAUGCUGUCCGCCUACACCAUUAG